GCGUAAACCUGACCGUCAUUGCAAUAGCGUCCCGAGUUCUUGCCGCAUCUUGAGUUCUUGACGUCAGUCGGAACGCUGCACUAGCCGGCAAGUGUAGGACUUCGUAUCGGUUCUCUGCUUAGAAAUUUCUGCCCAAUUUGACAAAUAAAGAUGGCUGAAGUAGCACCAAUGCAGCUCCAGGCUGACAAAGCCUUCACAAAUGUUGACCAAAAAUCUGCUCUUGACAUUGACUCAGCACCGUUUGUUCAAAGACUUUCUGGCAUCAUCUGUACCAUUGGCCCUGUGUCGCGGUCUGUGGAAACUCUGAUGGAGAUGAUUGAAGCAGGAAUGAACAUAGCCCGCAUGAACUUCUCUCAUGGCUCACAUGAAUACCAUAGCGAGACUAUGGCCAAUGUCAGAGAAGCUACCCGCCGCUACUCGGAGAACAAAGGCUAUUCCUUCCCUGUCGCCAUUGCUCUUGAUACCAAAGGUCCAGAAAUUAGGACUGGUCUUCUUGAAGGUGGUGCUUCCUCUGAAGUUGAGCUCAAGAAAGGGGACAAAAUUAAGCUCACCACAGAUAAGACCUACUUUGAGAAGUGCUCCAAGGACAUCGUGUACUUGGACUAUGAUAAUAUCACCAAGGUUGUGAAAGCUGGCAACCGCAUCUUUGUUGAUGAUGGCCUCAUCUCGCUCAUUGCUGAAGAAGUUGGUUCAGACUACAUCAAUACCACCGUUGAGAACGGUGGUAUGUUGGGCAGUAAGAAAGGUGUUAACUUGCCUGGCGUGCCGGUCGAUUUGCCCGCUGUGUCUGAGAAGGACAAGGGUGACUUGCUGCUGGGUGUUGAGCAGGGGGUUGACAUGGUCUUUGCAUCCUUCAUCCGAGACGCUGCUGGUGUCCAUGAGAUCAGGAAGGUUCUUGGUGAGAAAGGCAAGGCAAUUCGUAUCAUCAGUAAAAUCGAGAACCACCAGGGCUGCCGCAACAUUGACUCCAUUAUCGAGGCGUCGGACGGUAUCAUGAUCGCUCGUGGUGAUCUUGGUAUUGAAAUUCCUGCUGAGAAAGUCUUCAUUGCUCAAAAAAUGAUGGUUGCCAAGUGCAAUAAGGUGGGCAAGCCUGUUAUUUGCGCGACUCAGAUGCUGGAGUCGAUGGUGAAGAAGCCUCGCCCAACCCGUGCUGAGGUAAGCGAUGUUGGCAACGCCAUCCUGGAGGGCGCCGACUGCGUGAUGUUGUCUGGCGAGACCGCCAAGGGCGACUACCCGAUGGUGUGUGUGCGCACCAUGGCCAACAUCACCAGGGAGGCCGAGGCAGCCAUCUGGCACAAGCAGCUCUUCACUGAACUCACCCAGCUCGUGACUCUGCCCACGGACAGCACCCACACGACCGCUAUCGCCGCCGUGGAGGCGUCCUUCAAAGCCAUGGCGUCGGCCAUCGUGGUCAUCACGACCACCGGCCGCUCAGCGUUCCUCGUGUCCAAGUACCGACCUCGCUGCCCCAUCCUCGCCGUCACCAGAGACGCGCAAGUGGCGCGCCAGUCGCACCUCUACAGGGGCAUUGUGCCUGUCCACUUCACUGUUGCUCCUCCCGCCGCGGGUCGUGUUGAGGACUGGAUGGCUGACGUAGACGCUCGUGUUGACAAGGCAGUCGAGAUCGGCAAGGAGCGCCAGUUCAUCAAGGCCGGUGACCCCGUCGUGGUCGUCACUGGAUGGAAGAAGGGCGCUGGCUCCACCAAUACCAUGCGGGUUAUCUUUGUGGAGUAAAAUGCCUACGAGGCGCAUAUUUGUGGCCAAUAAGCGUGACUGAUUAGAUCUUUUCUCUGUAGUAUAUCAUUUCUGUUGGUUGAUGUCGUUAAAGAGGAGAAUUUGGUUUAAGCGCAUUCGAAAGUUAUUGGAUUCACUGACGAUGUGUAGGAGAUAGACGGAAUGAGUCUAUAAACAUGUAUUCUCUGUUAUAGUACUUUUUGUUGAGUUAAAGGUUCGAUAAUCGUCUUGAAGGAAGCAAAAUUUCUUUAGUCCGUGCCGUGAUCAUUGAAGAUAGUUGGUAGAAAAGCAGAACAUCCUAUCAGUGAUGUUUUUGAGUUGGCCAAAAUUCUCAUCUCGGAGGACGUGCAUAGUAUCAUAGUACAUAGAUCCAGAAUCCUUGAAAUAAUUCUAAUGCACUUUCAUUUUGGUUCCAUUUAUUUAUUGACUUGCGUAGAACCUUAGAUAGUCGUGCGUGAUAUAAACUGAAAGUUGUUAGCCCACAUUAAGACCUCCAUUGCUUAAGUGUUGAUCAUAAUUGAUGUUGUGUUAUGGUCAAGUGAUUGCAAUUAAUGAAUACUUACAUCUAGUCUAUCUUCAAAUAAUAGCAGUAUUUAUUCUAUAAAUUAUUGUGUAGUUAGGAAUGAAAUCGUUAAACGUGUUCGUUCAAUAUUACUCACAGAACCAAAAUUUUAAGCUAGUGCAACUAUGUUGAGAUCAAAAUGAAUAAAAGCGAAUAAUAUUGUAAAAGUUAACUUGAGCAGGGAAGAGAGAAUUCUAAUUCUGGAGCUCAGUGAAAUUGCAUGUAACAAAUGAAGUUGAUGAUUUUCUUGCGUUCUUAGUGGUCUUGGCUUUGUCUCAUAAAACUUAUGGAAUC